AUGGUAUCAGGUGGAGGGAGUGUCGUCAGGCGUGUAGCGUCAGAGGAGGUGGCGUCUCCGACGCACGCCUACGUUACCUAUAACGCAGUGAACGGCCAGGAGGCUGCCGACGCCUCCGGCGAAGCGGUUGCGGGCCCGAUGGUGGAGGAGAUCGAGCCCUACUCGGACGAGCGUAUCAUGAGCCUCGUCGAAAUCGCACCGGCACCCGGCAAAGGAAGGUGUAUGUACGUACGAAACGCCUACGAGCCGGGAGGGCUCAUUCUCGUCGAGAAGCCGCUCUUCGUCAUCGUUCCGGACAACAACAUCGAGUUAUGGAACACCAUCAACUCGCUCCAUGAACGCCAGCUGCUGCAGCUGUCGCCGCUCUGGCACCAUGCAGCGCUCAUCACCAUCAUCACCGGCACUAAGGAGCAAUUGGAGAUCAUGCGAGGGAAGUGGGUCUUAGAUCCGGACCCGCCUGUGUCGGAAGAUGUCUAUCGCAUUUUGGAAGCAACCUGCGUGGCUCAGGCUGACGGCUCGUUCGUCUACUCUAACCAAGUCGUGGUGGACCCCAAGUUGUACCAGUUCCUGCUGCAGGUGUGGCCGCUCAACGCCUUCGGCCACAGCACGGACCCGAACGGCCUGGUGAUAUACAACAAAAUAUCCUUCUUGGCACACAGCUGCGAUGCGACUGCCUGCUGGCACCACCUGGGAGACGACUAUUUCAUACUGCGUGCCCGAAGGCGCCUGCGGCCGGGCGACGAGCUGACGAUAUCGUACCUCGGCGAGUCCGACCUGCUCUGCCCAACCCACAAACGCCGCGAGCUGCUGUACAACUGGUCCUUCCACUGCGAGUGCCCGAGAUGCGUCAUCCCCGUAGACUCUGCGCGUGGCUUCCUCUGCAAGGUGUGCCACUACGGCCGCGUGGGAUUCUACUACGACAGCGGCAGCACCAAGAUGGCGAGCAACGCAUGCACCCUAUGCGAGUACGUCUACACCGAUGCCGACAUAUCGGAGUACCUGGAGCUGGAGCGGGCGUACGUGGAGCGCAUCGAAAGCAUCGACCCGAACGACCUGUGCGACAUCCAACAGGUCUACAACCACGCGCGCAACGUCUUCAAGCAACACUGGUGUCUGUACAAGCUGGAGACGCUGUUGUUCGAGUGCUUCAAGGAGCGCGGCGAGGCCGACAUUGCGCGCCACUACCUCCAGCAGCGCAUACUGUACGCCGACACGGUGAUGAGACGGCCGCUCUACUGUCUAGCGUUCAUGCAUGAGGAAUAUGCCGACAUGCUGGUGGCUUCCGCGGGGCUGGACCUGGAAAGCGAGCAGGUCCAGGAGGUCAAGGUGAACGCCGACGUGCUGAUGACCAUCAUGGACAGCUAUUUCCGCGCUGCGGCGCUCCUGGCGGUGCUGUCUGGACUACACCAUGCCUACUACUACACCGUUCUGGUUGGUUUAAUGCAGGCGAUUGUCACGUGA